CUCACAGGCAUAAAUAAACGUGCUACCCACAGCCUGCGUCAGCCAACCCAGCUAUUUAAGCAGGCUGGCUUCAGCCAAUUUAGCUUCCAAAUCCCGGGCUGGCCAUUGCCACUUCCAUUCGUGUCGGGACCAUGUCUGCGGAGACCGCGAGCGGCCCCACUGAGGACCAGGUGGAGAUCCUGGAGUACAACUUCAACAAGGUCAACAAGCACCCGGACCCCACCACGCUGUGCCUGAUCGCGGCCGAGGCCGGCCUUUCCGAGGAGGAGACCCAGAAAUGGUUCAAGCAGCGCCUGGCCCAGUGGCGGCUGUCAGAAGGCCUACCCUCAGAAUGCAGAUCCGUCACAGACUGAGGAGACGGUGGUCAUUGGCGGCUUCCCUCUAUGAAGACCAUCUGCUGUUUCUCUCCUCGGCUUAAUCAAGCUCUUUUGGUUUUUCAGUGUAGUGUCAUAUGCUCCUCUGUUAGCUGUCCUGCCAUUUAACACAACGUUGUAUUUUUUUUUUUAAUGUACAUAACUAGAAAAGAAAAUAACAAUAGGAAGCUAUGGGCAGCUCCUGUGUAAAGGAGUGGCUUGGCUGGAAGUGGUGUGUCUUGCAUUUCCUUUGGGUCAUGAUGACAGAUGGUGUGAAAACCAUCUAAGUUUAUUUUUUGACCAUCACCUCCCAGUAACAAUUUACUUUCACCAUCCAUUUCAGAGCAGACAAGUCCUCUGUUGAAAAGAUAACAUGACCAAGAGGAAGAAACAUUUCCUUCUAAUUCUACUUCCCUAAGUCAUUUUCCUUGUGUUUCAUUUAAUACAUUGAGAUUGCGUGAGAAUGCAGAGGGAAUUUGAGUUAUUCGGAUUCCAUAAAGCAGUUCCUUGGAUUAUAGCUGAAUUAACUUGGAAAGCACUCAGGCUGGAAGACAGAAACUUCCACUGGCAGAAAAUCAAGUAACUAAGGAAAAAAAAUCCACAAAAGUCUUGAAUUUACCUUAUUUAAAUGCAUUUGUUAAAUUCAUUUUGCUAAACAAAACGAACUGCUUUUUGUCUCUAAAAUGAUAUUCUAAAUAAAACCUUAACAUUUUGUUGAAAAU